CCACCACAUGACGGCGCCACCCUCCCCAUUCGUCUGCACUUUCAGCACGCCCAGUCAUUUCUUGGACCGUUCCCUCUCCAGUCUAGCCACACUUGCUCCAUCCCUCUUUCUCCUAGCCCCUGAAAUAGACUUCCUCUCUAUUUGAAAACCGUCGCGAACACUAGGUAAACGAGUUCGCGACACCAUGGCGGACAGCGCGAGCGAGAGCGACACGGACGGUGCGGGCAGCAGCAGUAGCUCUGCCACCCCGCAGUCCUCCUGCACCUCGGCGGCCGCCUCCAACACCACUACGACCACAACGAACGCCGCCACCAAAGCACAGGGCGUCGUGAUCUCGCAGUCCAGACUGGAGGAGCUAACAAACCGACUCGCGUCGCUGCAGCAGGAGAACAAAGUGCUGAAGAUCGAGCUCGAGACGUUCAAGCUGAAGUGCAAAGCGCUGCAGGAGGAGAACCGCGACCUGCGCAAAGCUAGCGUCACCAUCCAAGCACGGGCAGAACAAGAGGAAGAGUUCAUCUCCAACACUUUAUUUAAGAAGAUUCAGGCUCUGCAAAAGGAGAAGGAGACUCUCGCUGUCAACUAUGAGAAAGAAGAGGAGUUCCUCACCAAUGACUUGUCCAGGAAGCUCAUGCAGCUUCAGCAUGAAAAAGCAGAGUUGGAGCAGCAUUUAGAGCAGGAGCAGGAGUUCCAGGUCAAUAAACUGAUGAAGAAGAUCAAAAAACUGGAGAACGACACCAUCUCCAAACAGCUCACUCUAGAGCAGCUCCGGCGUGAGAAGAUUGAUCUGGAAAACACUCUGGAACAAGAGCAGGAGGCACUGGUCAACCGGCUUUGGAAGCGCAUGGACAAACUUGAGGCAGAGAAAAGGAUUCUGCAAGAGAAGCUUGACCAGCCAGUGUCAGCCCCGCCUUCUCCACGUGAAGUUUCCAUGGAGAUUGACUCUCCCGAGAACAUGAUGCGGCACAUCCGCUUCCUGAAGAGUGAAGUGGAGAGGCUGAAGCGCAGUCUCCGCACUACAGAACUACAGCACACAGAGAAGCGGGCUCAGUAUAUUGAGGAGGAAAGGCAGAUGAGGGAAGAAAACAUCCGUCUUCAGAGGAAACUCCAGAGAGAAAUGGAGAGAAGAGAGGCGCUGUGUAGACAACUGUCAGAGAGCGAGAGCAGUCUUGAGAUGGAUGAUGAGAGAUAUUUUAAUGAGAUGUCUGCUCAGGGACUGAGAGCUCGUACGGUGUCAAGCCCAAUCCCCUACACCCCCUCUCCCUCCUCCAGCCGCCCCAUCUCCCCUGGUUUGUCGUAUGCUAGUCACACGGUUGGUUUCACCCCUCCAGCCACGCUGAGCCGAGCACCACUCCCCCACUACACAUCUCCCGGGCUACACAUCCACCCAGGACCCUCGCAUGCUGUACAGAGGCCAUCCCCAAGGAGAAGCACCAGCCCAGAUAAGUUCAAGCGUCCGACGCCGCCUCCCUCUCCGAACACACACUCUGGAGCACAGCACCCUCCUCCUCCCCCGCCACCUGCACAGCCGAUGGUUCAAUCCGGCUCCUCCCACUCUGUGACAUCACAGAAUCCCCCAUCUCAGCCUUAAUGCAUGCAACGUGCGCUACCUUAAGCUAGGCUGCUCCAAGCUAGGCUACACUACUACUACAAUGACAACAACUCAGUGAUCCUCCACUGGGCAAAGGUUGGAAUGGUUUUGGAGUGGAUAUGGAAUUAGAGGACAGUUGAACUGGGGAACGAAAGGACUGGGAGUGUGAAAAGGGAGAAUGUGUAGAUGCUUGGCCGACUGACAGAUCCAUAACCAACCCCAUGCCGUUAAGUUUUGUUAUUCUUACUGGUUUUGUUUUUUUGUUUUUGUUUUUGGUGUGUGCGUGUAAAAUGAUCAAGCUGGCUGAAAUGAUUAGGAAAGGUUUGGAAAAUAGUUUGAGAGGGUUGUCAGCUGCAUAUGUCUGCAUUUUGUUUGUGGAAAGUCUACUCUUGCCCCCAUUUAAUCUUAAUUGUUUUAACAGAUUGACUGUUAUCUAAUCAAAAUUUUACAUUUAAUAAACAAAUAAAUGCUCGAUUGGAUAAA